AAACAGGUCCGGUCAAAUGACCGAUCACACUACGGAAAGAACAGGGAUAGGUAUGAUACGUGAAGUGACGGUGGAGUCAAUGGUGAACUGCCUCGUCAAAUCCGGCCAAACUCCCUGUCCCCUUUCCUCUGGCAGUAACGCAAGAUCGACAAAAAUCGUCUCACCUUGAUCGCGGCGCGUUAUUGUGGCGGAGGACUUUUGGAGAACGGUUUUUACCGUCCGAGUGGAAAGAACCGAUCCAGUGUGAUCAGUGUCGCGCCGAACGUCGUGACGAAGAGAGGUAGGCUCCUCGGUACGAUACCCAAUCGCAAUGUCCGUAAACUGGGCGAAACCGCGACCCAUCGACAUCGAGUUCGUCAAGCUGACGUACGCGACGCCUCACAGGUCACGGAAGCAGGGCAUGAAGCAGAUCCUGAAGGGAGUUUCGGGCCGCUUUCGAUCCGGUGAGCUCACCGCGAUCCUUGGACCUUCGGGGGCCGGGAAGACCUCGCUUUUUCACAUCCUCACGGGAUUUCACCGCGCCAACGUCACCGGAGAGGUGCGGUACCUGGGGACCGACGGGUCCGUCGACUUCGAGGAGUACCGAAAGGCCCUGCGUUACAUCCAGCAGGAGGACAAACUCUAUCCAAGCUUCACGGUAAUCGAGGCGAUGCGCAUAGCUGCCGAGCUCAAGCUCGGGGUACACGUUUCGGCAGCCGACAAAUGCAGGAUAAUCGAGGACACGCUGAAGACCUUCAACAUGACCAGGGUGCGGGAUGUGCGUUGUGACCUGCUCAGCGGGGGGCAGCAGAAGCGGCUCUGCAUCGCCGUGGAACUCGUCGACAAUCCGGGGGUCGUUUUCCUCGACGAGCCCACCACGGGACUCGACUCGUUGCUGUCCACCGAGUGUAUCGCCACCCUGAAGACCCUAGCGGCCGACCAGCGAACCGUUGUCUGCGUCAUCCAUCAGCCAAGCGCUGCCAUCUUCGAGGCCUUCGACAAGGUGUAUUUCCUCGCCGACGGAAAGUGCGUCUAUCAAGGUCCGCCGGGAGAGACCGUUUCCUACUUCAGGGAACUCGGACUAUGCUGUCCACUCUACCACAACCCCGCCGACUACGUCACCGAGGUCAUAAGCAACAAGCUCGAGUUCAUCGAGGAGCCCGAAUUCGUCGAGGAGUCGGUCGACAAGGUCGAUUCGGCGUGGGUCGAACGGCGGCCGGCCGCUGCAGAACGCACCAGAUUGUUCGUAUUCGAGUUUCACAAGUUCAUCGUACUCUUGAAACGGUGUGUUCUUCAGCUUAUCAGACAAUGGAGCGACGUUCAGAUGAAAAUUGGGGUGAGCAUUCUACUCGGGAUUGUACUGGGCGUCAUGUUUCGCGACUCCGGUAAUAACGCCUCGAAGAGCUUCGACAAUAUCAGGUUCAUGAUAUGCUCCUGCGUCGUUCUCAGCUACACGACGCUCAUGCCGGCCGUCUUGCGGUUCCCGCUCGAGCUGCAGGUUCUUCAGAAGGAGCACUUCAACAACUGGUAUCACCUUAGGACCUACUUUGCCGCGGUCAACUUCGUCGGCAUACCCUACCAGGUUGGCCUCUCCCUAAUCUACUGCGGUAUAAGCUUCGUGCUUACGGGUCAGCCCAUGGAGCUGAUGAGGUUCCUGAUGUUCUACCUCAUCGGCGUUUGUACCGCGCUCACGGCCGAGUCGAUCGGUCUGCUUUUCGGGACCCUGUUCAACCCCGUUAACGGGACCUUCUUUGGAGCAGCAACCCUCGCCGUGAUGAUAUCACUCGCCGGGAUCGUACCGCUGUUCCAACACAUGUCGGCCUUCAUGUACAACAUCAGCUACCUCAGCUUCCUUCGAUACUCCCUCGAAGGUAUGACAGUGGCCGUUUACGGUUUCGGACGCGAGAAGCUGCCUUGUCCCGCCGGUGUCGAUUACUGUCACCUUAGUUACCCGAGAAAGAUCAUGAGCGAAUUGUGCAUGGACGAUUCUCGAUAUUGGACAAACGUCGGUGUUCUCCUUGUAAACUUUUUCGUUAUUCGUAUUUUGUCAUGCUUUGCUCUUAAGAGGAGACUCUCACAACCCUGUUGAAAACUGUCAUUUACCAGUGCGCGUAGUGGUGCUAUUGUAUAAUUUAUUUUCUAUACCUAUUACGAAUAUUUGUGAUCCAACCAUAUUUUCGCAGUUUGAGAAGCGGAGAAUGUAGUAAAAAAAAAAAAAACUUUGUGACUGAGUUGUAAGAUCGUUGACCUUGGUGUACAUGAGUGUCGGCAAAUUUAUUUUUAUUCUUUAUUUUCUUCAUUUUUAUUCACCUAUAAUUUGUGAACAUAUUGCAUGGAUGAUGGAUGUUUCUUUUUUUUUUUUUUUUUUUUAAAUUUGGUGAGAAGUUUGGGUACUGUUGAAUGACGUUUUUUUAACAACGCGUGGUCGUCUUACGUGUAAGAAAUACAGGAAUGUGAAGGGCGUUAAGCUGUUAUUCCAACAGAACGUGAGAAUGAUGCGUAUGAUUGCUAUCGUUAAUAUUGUUAUAUCGAUAAGUCAAUUCGUUGAAAAAUCAAAUAAAAAAAAAAAAUUCAUAAGAUAAUAAAUGUACAAAGUAGUCGGACGAUUAAUCAGUGAUCAGCAAC